AACGCAUUCUUUUAUAUCAAUCUUGAAUAAAAUGACAAUCAUGUAAAUGUCAAGUGAUUGAAGUUUUGGUGGUGUCACUUGCUUUUUCACGUCCAUUAUUCAACGAGUUUGUUCUUCAGAAAAGCACUGAAAAUGUUCGCCCGCGCAGCCGCUAUCUCCCGUUCCGGAAUGACCAACCUUGUCCGGUACUCGCACUCACACGGCGGAAUCCCCGGUGAGAACCUGCCAUUCAGCUUGACCAACCGCUACAAGCUGACGGCGUUGUUCAUCGUUUUCUGUGGAUCCGGCCUGGGAGCUCCCUUCUUCAUCCUGCGGCAUCAGCUGCUGAAGCAGUAAUUUAUUAGAGCUAUUCUAGUACUGCAAUGGCCCCUACGUUAGUGGUAGGAUGGGCGAUUGCGACCAGUUUGAUAACUUCUCUGGUUUAAAUCCUUAUUCGAUUUGAAUUAAUUGUGAGGCCGUGAAUAAAACAAGGAUAGUUAAAUAUCAA